AUGAUUAUACGUCGGUUCAUUAGUAAAAUGAGUGAAAGAUUGGCAAGAUAUGAACCUCCGGUCCACCGUGGGAUGAAGGAAUUGGACAGAAACGCUUUCCGAAAGACACUUCCAUUGGUGGUGCUACUGUUGAAGGACCCAAAGAACAUUUCCAAGUUCACGAACGGGUUCAAGGACGAUGUGUUGAGGAUGCCACGUAUUCCAUUUGUGAUUCGUAUCAACGAAGCUCAAGAAAAGGGGAAACAGCUGGAAAGAGCGGAACCUGGACCAGUGCAAAAGAAGAGCAAGAGUUUAGCGAACGACAACCACAUUACAAAGGGAAUUCUCUUGAAAGACACGAUCAAUGAUGUGAGUGAGGUGCGCGAGAAGCUUUCAAAGGAAGCGUUGGAGUUUUUGGAUAAGCCUGAGAACGAGUACGAGUUGAGAAAUCACGAAUACGUUUUGGACUACGAUUUCUGGAAAGUGGAAGAGAUUCUCGAAUCGAUUUUGCCCGAGGAGUACUUGGACGAGAUCCCCACUGGAUUCACCAUUGUGGGCCAUGUUGCACAUCUAAAUCUCCGGAAGGAGUUCAAGCCCUUUGGCUCGUUGAUCGGACAGGUGAUCCUCGACAAGAACACCACUAUCCGCACGGUUGUCGACAAAGUGGACACGAUUGCGACCAAGUUCCGGACCUUCCAGAUGAACGUGCUUGCUGGUGAGCCCGACUUGCUUGUGACGCAGCGUGAAUCCGACUGUACUUUUACCUUUGAUUUCAGCAAGGUGUACUGGAACUCGAGAUUGCACACGGAACAUGCGAGACUAGUGAGUUUGUUCAAGCCGGGACAAAUCGUCGGCGAUGUGUUUGCCGGGGUCGGCCCAUUCUCCGUGCCAGCAGGGAAGAAGAAGGUCAUCGUGCUAAGCAACGAUUUGAACCCAGAGUCUUACAAGUAUAUGCAGUUGAACAUCAAGAACAACAAAGUCGGCAACUUCGUGGAACCCCUCAAUUUGGACGGACGCGAGUUCAUCAGGGACAGCCCCAAGCUGCUACAGCAGUUUGUAGCUAAGAACCAAGGCGUCAUCAUCGUACCCGGUGGUAAAAAGUACAAGGACAAAACUACAGGAGAAACAAAACGUACGCCAGAAACAAGAAUCCCAAUCGAAAACCAGUUCUUCGACCACUACGUGAUGAACUUGCCCGACAGCGCACUCGAAUUCCUAGACGAGUUUGUCGGGCUCUACUCAAGACACAACCUGACCUACGAGUCAAUGGUGCAGACACACGGGCCCGAGUUCCAGACACCUUGGAUCCACUGCCAUUGUUUCCACAAGUACGAUCCAGAGGAACAACCCGAGCCCUCCAUGGAGCAGUUGCACGAGAGAGUCCACAAAAGAAUCCUAAGCAUCAUGCACACCAACGAACAAGUGCUCCCAUUCGAGCACUUCCAGUUCCACUUGGUGCGGAAAGUGGCUCCCACAAAACCCAUGUUCUGUGUCAGUUUCCAAUUGCCAAAGUCUUUGGCAUUUGCUUAG